AGGGUAGACCCGGAGUAAGGAUGGACGAGGAACUCUUCUUCAGGAUAGCUGAGAAUAGCUUCUCAUGUGAUACGUUUAAUCAGUCCUAUCAGCAUCUACAGUUAUGUAGAGAAACAAAACAUUGUCUAUCCUACCUCGCUAAAGAUGUGAACCUAACUGUGUUCCAAGAGCUCUGCUCCGUUCUUAACAGAGAUUUUCAAUCUUUUGAUACAAUAGUUUCUGCCAAACCUUCUCCAAUAGAGGUAUGGGGUUAUGGUAUCCUAUGUGUGAGCUUGAUCUCUCUGACCUCGGUAGUUGGAGUUGCAAUCCUUCCUCUUAUGUCAAAGGUUUUCUACUCCCGCCUUCUUUCUGCACUGAUAGGACUAGCGGUUGGAAGUUUAAGUGGCUCUGCUGUUUUUCAUCUUAUUCCUUCUGCUUUUUCAUUAAAGGAGGUUGAUUUUUUCCCUCAUCAUGGAUAUCUCAAUAUAUCCAUGGCGAUCUGGUUGGGAAUGUAUCUUUUCUUCAUCCUGGAGAGAUGUCUUAGAAUAUUCAUGGACGCCAGGUCCAGGAGACAGGGGAUACCAUUCAACCACUCCCAUACACACACUAACAUCAAGCCUACAGAGGAACAGGAGUCCCUUGUCCAGCUUAAGGUUGAUACAAAUCUCCAGAAACCAGAUCAAGAGGUACGGAGGUUAGAACUAGAACCUUCAGAGCAAGGUCGGAAACGGGAGAGUAGUUUAAGUGCUCAGGAUAGCAAGGAAUUAUACCAGCAGAGCAGGCAGGCGAUCAGAGCUUCAUUUGGACACAUGGAUAAACCCCAUCCGAACAACAGACCAACUGUAGACAGUGUAAAGAAUAUUUCUGGUUCUGGUCCUGAGAAUAGGAUUGCUACUGUGGCCUGGAUGAUUAUAUUUGGAGACGGAAUCCAUAAUUUUAUCGACGGUUUAAGUAUCGGAGCAGCUUUCAGUGAAUCCAUCCUUACAGGAAUAUCUGUCAGUGUCGCAGUUCUCUGCGAAGAGUUUCCGCAUGAACUGGGAGAUUUUGCAGUUUUAUUGAAUGCUGGAAUGACAAUGAAGGAAGCACUACUGUACAACUUUCUCUCCGCCUGUACAUGCUACCUGGGCCUUAUUCUUGGUAUUCUUCUAGGCGAGCUUGAUGCCAACAGUUAUAUAUUUGGUUUGGCUGGAGGAAUGUUCCUGUAUAUAUCCCUGGUGGACAUGGUUCCGGAGAUGAACGAGAGCGUGGAGACUGCCAGCAAGACGAGCACCAGCUCCGCCCUAGGGGUCUUCCUUCUCCAGAAUAUAGGGAUACUGGUCGGGAUUGUAUGCUUGUAUACUCUUGCAAGGUUUCAAGAUGAUAUACAGUUUGGAUAAUAGUUCUCAUCUAAUAGUUGGAUAUCAGGUUCAGGGUAUACAAUUAAGAUACUAGUUCUCAUCUAGUAGCUGAAUAUCAGGUGCAGGAUAUACAGUUAAGAUAAUAGCUCUCAUCUAGUUCUUGGAUAUAAUAAUAUUUACCAUCUAGGAGCUCUUGAACCAAAUAUUUCCAAAGAAACAAUUUAAACCAAAAGUUUAUUCAUAGAAUUGUUCCAUUAUAAAAGUAAUUGCCAAAGCAGAGCGAUUUUUUUGUAGAAAGACCUGUUAAUGUAUUUUGUAAGUUUUAUUUCAACAAUCGAUUUUUAUUGUUUUUUUUUAUAUACCGAAACGAAUCUACAAAAUAUAAGGGUUUUUUUCUGAACUGUAAUUGUAUAUUUCUCAUACAAACAACAAAUUAGCAAUUAAAAACAUUGUUUAAAAUUCUUAAUUGUGCAAGAUUACUUUUUUACGAUUACACAUUUAAAGUCUUUUUGUGGGAGUAAUAUCUCUGAGGCAUGGCUCGUUUCCUUUCCCUGAAAAAAAAACUUUUUCAAUUGAAACGGUAACGCUGUAUAGUUGAACGGUGCUUAGGAUCCGGAUCUUUUGGAUCCGCAACAUUUUAGAUCCCUGGAUUCGGAUCUGCAAACCAUUGCGAAUCCAUGGAAGCGGCUCCAAAAAGAGAAGAAAAAAACCUUUUUGUUCUCAAAACUCAAAUCCACUGUUGAGGAAUAAUUAAAACCCUACUAAUGAAUAAAUUAAAAAUUAAGAUUCCACCAGCAAAUUUUCCGAAUGAAGAAAAAAUAUUUCGGAAAUUUUUGGUUUGUGUGAAGAAAUAUUCAUGAUCAGGAUUUGGAUCCAGAUUCACAUUUAGAUCCUGUUCCGGAUUUGAAUUCAGGAUCCAUUACAUAACAGGAUCCGGUUUGGAUCCGUAUCUAACAGGAUCCUAAGAACUGCAGUUGUCCAAAUAAUAAUGAUAAAUUAUCCUAGUUCUGUGCAAUAUAUCAGGAAGCUGUGUUUUCGUUUUAUAUUAAAUGAGAUGAGGUCGGAAGAAGUUGAGAGGAUUGUUUGGCUCCGGAAAUUAUUUUUUACCGAUGUUUUUAUUUAUUUUUUGUGACAUGUAAACCUGACUUUAUGUAGUGAUGCGAUUAAUAUAUUAUUAGUUUCUUUGGACGGUUUUUUUGUAUUGUUUCUUUAAUUUUCCAGUAGCUUCAGUGAGAACCAGAGAACUCAGGAAUAGGAAGACGACUUUUAGAAUAAAAUUUUGACUAUAUAGUGAACAUGAAACGCAGCAAACGUUCAAUUGUCUUUUAAGCAGACCCAUUUAACUUAUAAAGUGAUACAAUAAGUUCCUAAUUAAACUAUUUGCUCUUUAAGGACCUAAGUAUUGCUAUACCUAUUGCUUCCUAUUCCAGAGUUUUCUGGUCAUCACUGUAUUAUACAAUAGUCGAUGUUUAUUGUAUCAUUAUUAUUGUAUAUUCUGUUAUUCGAUGAUUAUGUUUUCGUUAAUAUCUAGCAUAUGAAUAAACACUGUUAUUAUGUUUCAAGUUAUUUUUACUUGUUAAAUUAUGUAUUGUUAAAUAAUAAUAAAUUUUGCACAUUUUC